GUGCUGGAGCGUCCCUUUUGUGAGUUCAACUGGGACACCAACCCCAGUGACUGUGAUUACUCUGUUGAGCUAGCCCUGCCCAAGCACAGGAUCCAGUACUUCACCUACAGAGGGCAUCGCGUCUGGGACCGCCACAGCCGGACUGACAGGGUGUUUGGCUCCACUGGUCAAUCUCUGGCUCCCCCGUUUGGAGGGGAGGAGGAAGCAAAGGAAGAACAAGAGCAGGCUCAAGGCUGCCUUAAAACAACAGAAGACCAGCCACCUGCUGUUAGUGGGCAGGAAGAGAGUGAAACAGGGGAGUGUGCUCAUACUGAGAGCACACAUCUGGAGGAAGCGAUGCAGGAUGAGAUGAAUAUUCACACUCCUGACUCAACACAACCAGCUUCAAAGUGUAGAGGAAACACUUCUCAGGAACAACAGGAUUCAGGAGGAGCACAUGUUGUGGAGGAGGCUGCAAACAGACUUCAGACUACAACAGACCAAAUAUUAUUGCAGACAGAGGGAGUGAGUGUGAAAGAAGAGGGUGAGGAAGAAUGGGAAGAAAGCUGGGAAGCCAAUAAAGAUGCUUUGAGUUAUCUUACACCUGUGAACAUCAGCCAGAGUCCGUCAGUACCUCUGAAGCAGCGAGAGGAGAAACGUGGUGCUCGCCCCCCUAAAAAGAAACCCACACACUUCAUCACCUUUAGGGCCAAUACUCCUGCUAUCCUCUCCUGUUUCCAGCAGCUGCAGGGGGAGAUCACCUCCCUUCUCCCCUCUUCUGCUCCUUACUGGUUGACUGCCUCCAGGCUUCAUGUGACCCUGUGCUUGCUGAUGCUGCACAGCCCAGCUGAGGUAGCCACCGCCGAGGAGGUCCUCCGACAGUUUGCCCAUUUGGAUCGCAACCCCCCGGUGGCUGUGACCUUUCCUGUAAAGCUGAAACAUUUCAAUGGGAGGGUGCUCUAUUUGAGCCCCCAACCUCAACUGUCCCUUCAGCAACUCAACAGCGGCCUGCAGGAGGCCUACCGGAAGAAGGGCUUUCUCCACCGGGACUCUCACAACCCACGCUACCACCUCACACUGGCCAAGGCAGACUUAGGGGAAGAGAGGAUUUUUGGAGAGGUGGGGGGCUUAAAGGUGGGGAAGGGUUUAAAUUUUGGCCGUCUGCCAGUUAACACCUUAUACCUUUGUGCAAUUCACGGUACAAAGGUAGAUGACUUUUAUGAGACCUUGUGCACAGUAACUCUUCGAUGAUAGAAGAGCGUGCAUUUCACAUGCACAUACUACAUACAUACAUAUGUACAUGCAUUAUCUCUGAGCUGGAAUUUUAUAAGUCAUGUGGCCUUACAUAACAAAUUAGAUGUUUUAAUUUUUUUUAAGUAAUUUAGUAAAGGUACACUUUUAAAGGUAACCAGGUAAAAGACAAUUUAAUAGCAUGGCUUAAUGGGCAAAGAUUUUUUAUUAGACCAGGGAAAAUCCCACUGAGGUUAAGAACCUCUUUUACAAGGAAGGGAGCCUUGGUAAGAUAGUGGCUUUCUCAUUUAACAGCAUCAAAAAGACACUGGUGCCACACGUACACAGAAUACAGUCAGCAUUUCCAGAGGUCUGUACUUGUAUAAUAUCCCCAGUACCAUAAAAAUGUUUUUGGAACCAGGCGUGCACUGCAAACAUCGAGCCAUUCAUAAAGUGGCAGAUAUCUGGGCCCAACAGUGAAGCCAUUAUUUAUUUAUACAAAGAAAACUGGAUUAUAUUCUUCAUUUAAUCCAUAGGAUUUAGAGUUUUAAUGGUGUAUAACCAGAAACAUUUCCCUUUUAAUAAGAGACUUCUCAAUAUCUCCGCCUCUAUGUUUCAUUUUUUCAUUGCCAGUACAUUUAAGAUCCUAAAUCUUAUUAUUAUAUGUCUUAUUAAUGAGAAAUAAUGAUAUAUGUUAUAAAUGAAGAUAAAAUAAUAAAAAUAAUGAAAUAAAGAUAAGAAAUGAAUGUAACCCACAUCAUAUAGUGAAUUGACACUGCAAACUUAUACAAACAGAACUUUGCUCGGCUGAACAGAAGAAUAUAAAGACUAAACACAGAUUGAGCAAAGGUCUACAACAUCAGUCUUCUUAUUCACUGGUUUAGUUGAUAGGGUGUAAAGAUUAAAACACUAAAAGCUUCAAUUUGCUAAAUUGCAGCAACUUUUAAAAUUGGAACAGAAACUAUUAGUCAAUCAAAUAUUUGAUUGAUAGAAAACUAAUAUGGAACCGUCAAAUUGGCUUACCUCUGGCAGCCAAUGAAUGUUUUUUUUAAUUUUCAUCAGCGUGGAGCCGGUAAAUUCAGUGGAUUUACAGAGUAGAAUACCUGCUUUCUUAUCAUGUAAAAAUUGCCAUAAGUUGAAAUACAUGUUAGCGUUCUUUCUGUUUAUUAUCCGAUGAGUCAAACAGGGUGACAUGGGCAAACCUUGGACCUUCUCUGGGCAUCCCCGAUCAUG